UUCGCCAUCGUCUUCAUCACGUAUUACUUGCGACAAGUGGUCAGAAAACCGGCCUUUUUCUGUACGGACGGCAAGUUUCGGUGGUUUUUGUUGGCGAAUGUCGACAAAAUUCAGGACAAGUAUUGGCCCCCGAUUUGGGCCAUUCAGACGCACGUACAGACAGCGCUGGCUAACUAUCUCAGGGGUCGCCUCCCGGACCUCCCCUACCGAAGAGAGAAUAUCUUCACGUCGGAUGGAGGGCUCGUAUCACUCGAUUGGUACGAUCCGGUGGUCACCACUGGUCAGCAGCGGCCGACUGCCGAACCGGUGGCCAGCGGGUCGUCCAACCGCUGCCACAACGCCGUCUACGACGACGAGUCGCUGAAGCCGAUCGCCCUCUUCCUGCCGGGCCUGACGGGCGACUCGCAGACCGAGUACAUCAAGAGUAAGGUUCCCGUGGCCCACGAGCUCGGCUACCGGUCGGUGGUGUUCAACAACCGGGGCCGCGGAAACAUGAAACUACUGACCCCUCGCUUCUACUGCGCCGCCAACUACGAGGACCUGAAGCUGGUGCUGGAGUACCUGCGCCACCGGAACCCGGACGCCAAGAUCGUGGCGACCGGCAUCUCGUUGGGCGGCAUAGUGUUGGGCCGGUAUCUCAUCGACUACGGCGACGCCGCCCUCGUGGACGCCGCUCUACUCAUAAGCGUUUGCUGGGACUUCUUGGCGGGCGCCGAAUGUCUCGAGAAGCCGGGCCUCAACCUGAAGCUGAACCACCAUUUGGCGCGAUCCCUGUGCGGCAUCAUCGAGGAGAACCGACACGUGUUCGAGUCGGUGCCCAAAAUCAAUUUGGAUGAAGUGCUCAAAAGCAAGACUCUCAGAGAGUUUGACCACAACUUCACGGUUAAGAUGUGGGGCUUCAAGAGUGUCAAAGACUACUACUCGCAGUCCAGCCAUAAGGGAAAGUUGUGUUGCAUUAAGCGGCCGACCCUUUGCGUGAACGCCGCCGACGAUAUGUUUGCGCCCGUCUGUGCACUACCUGUCGACGAGGUGGAGGAGAGCAGUCACGUGGCAAUGAUAGUGACCUCCCGGGGCGGUCACAUCGGGUUCAUGGAAGGCUUUCUACCGAUUCUGCCAUUUUUUACUGAAACCCUUUUACACCAAUACUUGCGAUCGCUUUAUAAGCUAAAGGACAUCAAAAGAGAUUUAAUUUAUUGA